CUCGCAAGUCUUUUGUUGGACAAGCAGCGUGUCGGACAUAUUUUCAUCUCUCAAAACGUGCAAUCACGCUUUGAGCAAGUUCAGACACGUUCCUAUAUUCUAAUUACAUCGAGUACUUUAAGCCCAAAUCAUGACUGGCCGCGCUGGAGGUCGGGGUCUAGGCCGGGGAAGAGGCAGGGGCAUGGAUGAUAAAAGUAAGACUCCAGCCCCACGUCAAGCUGGUCAUUCUCAGCCUGCUCCACCACCCCAGCAAAGUGCUUGGGGCCGUAAACCAGGUGCAGUACCACCACCGCAACAGCAACAGCAACAACAGCCGCAGCCACAGCCACAAGCAGGCCCUUCGGCUCAACAAAGAGCACCAGCGGCCGAAAGCAGAUCCACUCCGAGAGUAGGCAGAGGUGACUUGGCACAGCAAGAAGGCGCAGCAGGCGAUGUGGGAGCUGCAGGUGAUCCUGGAGCAGCGCUAGGAAGGGGAUCAAUGCGAGGCAGGCGAGUCAUAGUUCCAGAAAUUCAUACCAGACCAUCCACUCUGAUAACCAAAAAAGGUACCACUGGAAAUCCCAUACCGUUACAAGCGAAUUAUUUCAAGUUACUUGCGCAAACCGAUUGGUGUUUAUACCAGUAUCGCGUAGACUUUGCGCCAGAAGAAGAUCGAACUGUCGUUCGAAAAGGUAUGCUUAGACAGCAUAAAGAAGCUCUAGGCGCGUACGUGUUUGACGGUACUGUGAUGUACACCAGCCGACGUUUAGGAGAUGAAUUGGAGUUCUGGUCGCAAAGACAGUCCGAUGAUGAAAAGAUCAGAAUCAGCAUACGCCUUGUUGGUGACUUGAAAAAAGGCGAUCACCAGUACAUACAAUUUUUCAACAUAAUCGUGCGAAAGUGUUUAGAACUUUUGAAUCUUCAAAUUGUUGGACGCGAUUACUACGACGCACGGGCCAAGGUGGAAAUAAGAGACUUCAGGUUGGAACUGUGGCCUGGUUAUUUGACGUCUAUCAGGCAGCAUGAGAGCAGCAUGCUCAUGUGCGCCGAGAUUACGCAUAAAGUGAUGCGUCAGCAAACUGUGUUAGAUAUACUAACAGAAUGUUACGAGAACAAUCAACGAAAUUAUAAGAGUGCGUUCGAGUCCCAAGUUAUUGGUUUAGUCGUGUUAACCGAUUACAAUAACAACACAUAUCGUAUAUCGGACGUGGAUUUCGACGCAAAUCCCAGUUCUACCUUUCAACUGAGAAACGGCGAAAGUAUCUCGUACAAGGAUUAUUACAAUAAUAAGUACCGAAUCAAGAUCCAGGGUGAUUCGCAACCGAUGCUUGUGAGCAAAGUAAAGGCGAAGGAUCGUCGGGCUGGCCAACCAGAGAUCAUCUAUCUCGUUCCCGAGUUGUGCCGUGCAACCGGUAUGACUGAUAGAAUGAGAGAGAACUUUCAGUUGAUGCGAGCCUUAUCUGAGCACACCCGUGUAUCUCCACAGGCACGUAUCGACAAGCUCUUAUCGUUCAAUAACCGGCUUCGAUCCCAGCCAGGAAUUGUUCAAGAAUUGAACGAAUGGAAUUUAAAACUCGACAGCCAUUUGGUUAACGUGCCGGGUCGCGUUCUGCCACCUGAGAAAAUAAUAUUAGGUGGUGGUAGAAGUGCAUCUGCUGGACAAUUCGCUGAUUGGACACGAGAACUGCAGUCGAAACCGGCAUACAAUGCUGCUCGACUCAAUAACUGGGUGCUGAUCUGCGUAAACCGUAUGAGACGAGAUGUGGAGAGAUUCGUGACCACGUUACAAGAAUGCGCCAAAGGUAUGGGAUGCGCUUUUGACAAGCCCAGGAUCUUCGAAAUCGGCGACGACCGGUCAAACACAUACACGGAGUCGCUCGAAAAAGUAAUGAGCUCUACAAAUCCUGAACUGGUCUUCUGCGUGGUCCCGAACAAUCGUGCAGACCGAUAUGGCGCUAUAAAGAAAAAAUGCGUGGUCGACAGACCAGUUCCGUCACAGGUAUUCCUAUAUAAAAAUGUCACAUCAAAAAAUGUACGGUCGAUAGCUACUAAGGUAGCUAUCCAAGUGAAUUGCAAACUUGGCGGUGGUCCGUGGAGCGUCGACCUGCCACCGAUCAAUCUAAUGGUAGUCGGCUUUGACGUAUGUCAUGACCCGUCCGACAGGAGCCGUGACUUCGGCGCGAUGGUAGCUUCAUUAGAUAAAGGUUUAACGAGAUACUUCAGCGCGGUCAGCCACCAUUCCUCGGGUGAGGAGUUGUCCAAUCAAUUUUCGACGAACUUAGUAACAGCUAUACAGGAUUAUAAGAAAUUAAACAAAAUCUUGCCAUCGCAUAUUCUGAUUUACCGUGAUGGCGUCGGUGAGGGUCAAGUACCCUAUGUAUUCGAGCAUGAGGUUACAAUGAUAAAAUCGAGGUUACACUCCCUGUAUGGAGAAGCUCCUGUUAAAAUGGGUUUCGUGAUCGUAACUAAACGUAUUAAUACUAGAGUCUUUCACGGUGAUAAAAAUCCGCCACCGGGUACAGUGAUCGACGACGUGGUCACCAACCCGCUCCGUUACGACUUUUUUAUCAUACCUCAAAGCGUACGCCAAGGAACAGUUACACCGUGUGCGUUCAACGUGAUAGACGAUACUCUAGGUUGGAAGGCCGAUCAGUUGCAACGUAUGACAUACAAACUAUGUCAUAUGUACUUCAAUUGGUCCGGUACGGUGAGAGUACCGGCACCUUGUCAAUACGCACACAAAUUAGCAUUUUUAGUUGCUCAAUUUAUACGUCGACUGCCGAGUACACAGAUGGCAAAUUUACUCUACUUCCUAUAAACACUUCGCAGUAUUCUCACUCUCGUCGUACUAAAUACAGUAUAAGAAAUAGCUUAUCAGAGCAAAAACAAAGUAAAAAGCUGUGAAAGAGAGGAUGCGGGCUGAUCAUUAUCACGGUAUUUUCCUAUCAUGUUUCUUAAGAUUGUUUUAUUUUUGCACUGAUAAACUACGUAAACGUAAUUGUGAUAAAAGAUAUUUUUGAUGAAUAUCAUCUGGUUCGUGUUACCAUAUAUAUAUAUAUAGUAUAUAUAAAAGUACAAAUGGAAGUAUAUUCUAAUGAAGAUGUUCCUUGCAAGUUCUCAUUGUUUAUGAAUAGUGUAAAGAAAUCGAUCUCGCGUGGAAAGGGAUCAUAUUAGUGCAUGAUUUCUAGAGCUCGAUAGAAUUAUUAAUUCUCCUAAAUAAUCAAGUCAUUCAUGUGUUAUUGUUAUCUCAGUUUUUAGAACAUUCUUGAUACAAACAUAAAUUUCAUACUUAUGUAAAAGCAGUAUUUUUAAGAAAUUAAAAUGUUGUUCCUAAUAUAUUAUUAUUGAUAAUAUAGAACGGUCUAAAGUAAAGAAAUACAAACUGCACUCUUCUACAAAAGUAAAAGACUUCCAUGUUCAUGAAUCUAGAACAAGCUCAAAAAGUAUUAUACAUUCGCUAUUCAGUAUUACAAGAUAUAAUAUGACGUCUUUAUAUAAAUAUAUACCUAUGCGUUAAACAUUUCCAGUUUUUUUUUAUCAUAAGCAUUUUAUUGUUUUCUUUUCUUUUUUUAUUUUUCAUGAUAGGACGAUUGUUUUAAUACAUUCUCCUCUUACAUAUUAAUACAUAUACGUAAAG